AUGGUUCUAGGACAUGCCGGCUCUUUUGUGUGGAGCACACGAGUUAUAUCAGACCACGUGCUCCCCUCCACCCAAGUCGGAGGGUCCCUCCCAGAAUCCAUCUACUGGCAGCUGCGGUGUGGCCCAGAAUCCAUCUACUGGCAGCUGCGGUGUGGCCCAGAAUCCAUCUACUGGCAGCUGCGGUGUGGCCCAGAAUCCAUCUACUGGCAGCUGCGGUGUGGCCCAGAAUCCAUCUACUGGCAGCUGCGGUGUGGCCCAGAAUCCAUCUACUGGCAGCUGCGGUGUGGCCCAGAAUCCAUCUACUGGCAGCUGCGGUGUGGCCAGAAUCCAUCUACUGGCAGCUGCGGCGACAAGUCCCAGUUGCCAGCACCGCCUGCAGCCAACCAAGGGAAGGCAGGAGUGUCUGUGGGAGCGAUCGUCGGGGCAGUGGUUGCCGCCUGUGCUGCUGCCCUCAUUGAUGAGCAGCAAAGCAGCAAAGCAGGCGUGUCAGGAGUACCCUCUGCAGUGGUGAAGGCCACUAACGGGUGGAGCGAGGCGAAUCAUCCCCCCUUUUGCCACCCCUUCCCCUUCCUCUCUCACGAGCGUGGAGCGAGGCGAACCUGCUGGGCAGAGGAGGUGAAGAGCGAGGGAGAGGAGAAGGAGAGGCGGGUGGGGGAAAGGGAGACGCAAUCAGUGGAUAGGGAGAGGCAGGUGGGGGAUAGGGUGACGCAGGUACAGACAAGGGAGAGGGAGCUUCAGACAAGGGAGAGGGAGGCAGAGACAAUGGAAAGAGAGUUACAGACAAGAAAGGGACAUGUGGAAGACAGUGCGAGGGGGGUAGUGAAGAAAAAGAUGCAGGUGGGAGAGAGGGAGUGGGAGGUGGCGGAGAGGGAGAAGGAGAUUGGAGAGAAGGAAAGGCAAGUGGAAGAGAGUAAGGAGCAUGCAGAGGAGAGGAAGGAGCUAGAGGAGUUAAGUUCAAAGUUGAAAGAGGCGGAAUACAAGGCAGCUGAUGCAUUGGAUAUGGUAAUGGCCCGUGAUUUCAUCAUGAAGCAGCAUAGCACAAUUCAGGUCAAGUUGUGCAAGCAAUACAACGUAUUGGCUGCGGCGGUGAAGGCUACAGAUGAGGCUACCCAAUACGUCUGCCAAGCAGCACUCAAUCUGUAG